AUGGCAGAUAAAGUGGUAGCGUCAUCGGAAGAUGGCCCGGUGGCAACCACCGACGUUGCUGCCGCCAUCACCUCCGACUCAGCCGUCGCAGACAGCCACAAGAGGAAGCUUGACGAUUUGGAGCUCAGGAACGCGGCUGAACCAGUCGCUGAGACCGAGGAAGACAUCCCCGAGACGUUAAAUAAUGGAACGCUAGAAGAGGAGAGCGAGGGAGCAGAAUCGAAGCGGCCCCGUUUCGAGAGUAAUGGAGACAACGUCACUGAAGCUGAAGACGAGGCCGAGACUGAGGGCAAUGUCCGAGUUUCACAGAAUGGACACCAAGAGGAGGAGAAGAGAGAUGAGCCUGCAGAGGAGGAACCUGAGAAUCUAGAGUCUGCAGUUGCUAAUGUAGAACCUCUGAAGAAUCAAGAACGUCCGAAAGAACCUAAUGAUCAAGAACCUUCUGCAGCUCCUGUUGAGACAAUUGUUCAAGAACCAACCCCUGAUGAGAAUGAGAAAACUGAGCCUGGCAGUUACGAUGAACUAGAACAACCAAAUGCUGAAAGUGAAGACCCUUCUGAACUUCCUAGAGAGGGGGAUGUUCCAGUUCACUCUGCUGAAAGGAGAUCAAACUCAGACAGGCAAAUACUGUCUCGCAAAAUGGAAGUUCCCAAUGACAAGGUUGGGGUUCUCAUUGGCAAGGGAGGUGAUACUAUUAGGUCCCUCCAGGACAACUCAGGUGCCAAAAUUCAGAUUAUGAGGGAUGCUGAUGCAGAUCCUCGGUCGACCUCAAGACCUGUGGAACUAGUUGGAACUUUGGAAGAUAUCAACAAAGCGGAGAAGUUGAUAAAGGGUGUAAUUGCUGAGGCUGAUGCUGGAGGUUCACCUUCCCUUGUUGCUCGUGGAUUCAACACUGCGCAGGCUGCCAGCGGUGGCGAACAAGUUGAAAUUCAAGUACCAGUAGAAAAGGUUGGUUUAGUCAUUGGGAAGGGUGGAGAAACAAUUAGGAACAUGCAGACCAGAUCAGGGGCACGCAUCCAGUUGUUACAACAAAAUCUCUCUGAUGGAGAACAACCUAAGGAAAGGAUUGUCCGCAUCACUGGUUAUAAGAGACAGAUUGAUACUGCAAGGGAAAUGAUCAAAGAUGCCAUGAAUCAGACUGUAAGGCCUUCACCUCUCUCUGGUGGUUACAGCCAGCAGGGCUAUCGUCCUCCACGUGGGCCCAUUGCUCCACAAUGGGGACCUCGUGUUUCUCAUCACGCUCAAUACUCUGGUUAUGAUUAUCCGCAGAGAGGAUCAUAUCCUUCUCAAAACUCGCAAUAUCCACCUCCAUAUGGUAGCCAUCCUCCUUCACAGCCUCCAAGAAGCAACUUUGGCCCCAGUUGGGAUCAAAGGCCUCCAAUGUCGAUGCACGGACCCUCACCUCAGGGCAAUUAUAACUACGGGCAGCAGCCGGGCCCAGAGUACGGGCAUCCACCUCCAUACUUUCAACCACAUCCCCAACCAUACAGUCAUGGGUACGAGGCUAAGUAUGACAACCAUGCUCCACCACAACACUAUGGGCCUCCGACUACAUACUCUCAGGGCGGCAUGAAGUCGGGCUACGGCCCACCACAGGACCAAUACGGUAAGCCGCACAUGCACGGCAUGCAUCAGCCACUACAAGUGCCUCAUUCUCAACCCUACAGCCAGCCCAGGCCAAGCCAGCCGGGUGAAGGCCCUUAUCAUGGUCCUGUCUCGUCGUCAGCCCAGCCCUACGGUCAGAACAUACCGCCAUCUCAGCAAUCGUACCCAUACCCAUCCAGUGGACCCACACAACAAACCUAUCCUCCGCCCUACGGCUCUGCAGCAACCAGCGAUGGGUAUGGUCACCCCUCCACCACGGCUCCAGCCGGUUCUGGGUAUGGGCAGCCUGUUGCAUACAGUCAAGCCGGGGCACAGCAGCAACAGCCAGCGGCGGCUGCGUAUCCUCAGGCGGGGCCAACGGGAGGCUAUGGCUCGUAUCAGGCUCCUCAGCUUGUGGGUUAUGCUGAGCAGCCACCAGCUGCUGCUGCCACCAACAAUGAUGCUGCUGCUGCUGCUGGGUACGGGUAUCAUCAGGGGCAGCCUGAUCCGGCCGCUUAUGGCGCUCCCCAGGGCCCAACUGCUGGUUAUCCUGCGACCGGUGUUGGUCAGGCUGGCUAUACCCAGGCGGCCCAGGCCCAGCCCGGGUAUGGGAAUGUGCCUGCACAGGCACCACCACAAUAUGAUGCUACUCAAAUGUAUGGUGGGAAUCGUUAA